AUGGGCCUGUGUGUGUCGUACGACGCGGCGGCCGCGAGGGUGGUGCUCCCCAGCGGCGAGCUCCGGGAGUACUCGCCUCCCGCGACGGCAGCGCUGGCUCUUGAGGAGGUGGGGCACCAGGAGUGGUUCGUCUGCGACGCCGACGCGAUGGGGUUCGAGGGCUCCGUCGCGGCGAUGGCCGCCGGUGAGCGGCUCCAGCCGGGGCAGAUCUACUUCGUGCUCCCCGCAGAGAUGCUGCGCCGCUGCCUCACAGGCGAGGAGGUGGCCUCGCUCGUCGUCAAGGCCAGCGCCGCCCUCGUCAAGGCCGCCACCGCCUCGUCAGCUGGCGGCCGGCGCCGGCGAGGCUCCGUGGCGCCGCUCAUGUUCGCGCCGUCGGAGGAGGAUUACUCCGACGAAACCUUGGCGAAGUUUGCAGUGAAGCCGGCGGUGCCGCAGAAGCGGAGGGUGGCCUACCGAGGCGGGAGGUCGCCGCCGCGGUUCUCGCCCGACUUAACCGCCAUUUUGGAGAGCGAGUAG